UGCAUUCAUUUAAUUGGGAACAAUGUGUAUAGGGCUGUGAAAUACAGUAACAUAUAUUAACUAAAUUAAUUAAAACUUUACUUACGCAUUUCGUUUUAUCACUGAUAUAUUAAUUAUUCUUCUCUUUGGUGAACCUUGUGAUGCUACGAUUUGGCUUUCUAUGAUGCGCUUCAGGAUCACUUGGUUGGAGCGUGCGUCGGUCGCGCGCUGUAGGGGUUAAUGAGCGCGCGCGCGUCACAGACUGUCAGUUUUCAAAAUGACGCUCUUGUCCGCGAGCGAUCAACGCGUCACUGAAUGCAACAUGAAGGACCGCACACAAGAGCUCAGACAAGGAAAAGACCCAGAAGAGGUGGAUGAGGUGGCCGUCGGUAUUGAAAAGGGUUUCAUGGACGAGUUCUUUGAGCAGGUAGAGGAGAUUAAAGGGUUCAUUGACUCUCUGGCAGAGAGAGUAGAAGAAGUGAAAAUAAACCACGGUGCCAUCCUGGCCUCUCCAAACCCGGAUGAGAAAACAAAAGCGGAUUUGGAGGAGUUGAUGACAGAUAUCAAGAACUUGGCUAAUAAAGUACGCUCCAAGUUAAAGAAUAUCCAACAGACCGUAGAGCAGGAGGAGGCACUAAACCAUUCAAAAAAUCCAUCGGCUGAUCUGAGGAUACGGAAAACACAGCACUUAACCCUGUCACGUAAAUUUGUGGAGGUGAUGACAGAAUAUAAUGCAACGCAGUCAGAUUACAGGGAGCGCUGUAAAGGACGGAUACAGAGACAGCUGGAGAUCACGGGAAGAAAUACGACAAAUGAGGAGUUGGAGAGCAUGUUAGAAAGUAACAACCCCUCCAUCUUCACUUCCGGAAUCAUCAUGGACUGCAACAUCAGUGAACAGGUCAUGAAUGAGAUUGAGACGCGGCACAAUGAAAUCAUCAAACUGGAGAACAGCAUCCGUGAGCUGCAUGAUAUGUUCAUGGAUAUGGCCAUGCUGGUGGAGAGCCAGGGAGAUAUGAUAGACCGUAUAGAGUAUAAUGUGGAUCAUACAGUGGAUUACAUUAAGGAUGCGUUGUUUAACACCAAGAAGGCUGUAAAGUACCAGAGUAAAGCGCACCGGAAGUUGAUCCUGAUCGGCGGGUGUGUGUCCAUCUGUCUGUUCAUCCUCAUCAUCUCUCUAGCCAUUGGAUUGAGCUAACAAGACCCUCCACUGUCUGUGCGCUGCUUCUGACAGACAGGAGCUCAGGACCAUCUGUGUGCAUACUGUUUUAUUUGAGAUUCAGCCGAUAGAUUCAGUAGAAAAAAAUAAAAAUAAAUCAUAGACAUGCAGGAUGUGCAAUGUACUGAAAGAUGAAAUUAGAUGAAAUAGGUUACGAAGUACAGUGGCUAGAAAAAGUAUUCACUAUCUGUAAAGUUAUUGUUUUACGUGUCAAUUGACUUUUUCUGAAGUUAUACAUUAUAGAAAAUAUGUAAAGAAAGCAGACAGGACCAUUACCGUUUACAGAAGUGGGUGUGAAUUUCAGCCCAACACUUCCUAUUUAAUGUUCAAAAGGUGAGAGGUAGGAUGUAAGUAGCUAAAUAUUUCAUAUUUGACGACCCAGAGUAACUAAAUAUUAAAUGUGAAUCCACGAAUGCAAGCAAUUCAAAAGGAGCCGUUUUCAGCAGAUUAGGCUUGAGGUUAAAAUGCAUUCUUAUGCAAUAAAAUUUAGUUCUAGAUUUCUACCGUCUAUAUCCUACUCAAAUAUUGUGAUUCCAGACCCAUGAUGUCUUCGCUGCGAUCAAUGGCUGGACUUUGAUUACACACAUAUGAUUGUCCGUUCUCCUGAAAGAGGACACUUUUCAUGUCAUCACCUGUGUUUGUGUUGUUAUGUACCGCUCUGUGUCACACGUCUGCUCAGCACUGUGGCAUGACUGUAAAUGGUAAACAGUGUUAUGUAUUUACUACACUCCUGAUGUUCAAAAUAAUGCCGUCUUGGAGAGCAGUGUUGAGCUAAGUGUUGUUUACUCUUAGAAACUGGUGUUUUACAUUAGACGAUACUUACAUUAAGAUCACAACAGCAUAUAAGUUUUGUAAAUGAAUCUGUAUCAUGUUAAGUCAUAAUGAAUGAAACCCCCACAAUCCUCAAACUGCUCUCCAUGAAUCUUUAAACAUGUAAUGAUAUUUCUGCCUGGGUCUUCUUUUUUUCAUGCUGCCUGGAUUUCUUUUUUUUUUUCUUGAACUCUUCCAAAUACAGAAGAAAAUCACAAUUAUUAUCUGCUGUGUGCUGCUUGGAAUCGUGGUUGCUUCUAUCAUCGGCGGUGUGUUGUCCUGAAUGACACACUUUCAGCAUUAUGUGUUUAGAGCGGAUCAUAAAGAGGAUGUUUGUUUGAGUCUGUGUGAGGCUGGACUGAACUACAUGGCUUGCAUAGGCAUCAAACCUGAGCAAAAGUCAUGUAGUUCGUUCAAGCCUUUAUUCUGGUUAUUGUACGUCGCUGUAUUUCCUCAAGAAUAAAACACAGGUCGCCUCUGAACAAAACUAAAUGUAUCAUCUGUCAUUGUAAUACUUUGAGGCUCUUUGAAGCAAACACGUUCUCUUAUUAUAUAGUGAUAAAGAGAAAGUAGUGUGUGUCGUUAUCAUAAAUGAACCACUAAUAUUUUAUUUAAAUUGAAAACAAUGAUUUCUGUUUGUUUUAUUCUGUUGUUGCAGUUCAAGGUCCAGUUUAUUCACACCUCUGAGAUUGUUUCCAGAUGUCUGUGUGCUUCAUUAAACAUGUGAAUGUCUAAAGCGAA